AUGAAUAAUUUUCAUCGGAGAUUAGAAUCAAUUAGAAAACGUGUAUUCAUUAUGGAAGAAUCAUCGUCGAAUAAAUCCAUUGUUAAAAAACGACAAUCAUCACCAAUAUCAACUAAAUGUCAGAUUUGUGGAGCUCCAGCUAUAUAUUCAUUUUAUAGUGUUAUAUCAUGUAAUCCAUAUAAAAUAUUUUUCAAACGAAAUGCUCAUCAAGGACAGGCCAAUUGA